AAAAAGGUCAUAUCAACUUCCAACUUUCCAAAUUUAACCUUGAAGUUAGUUUUCUUACCUUCUAAGCCCUAUUUGCUUACACUUUUCCCAACCUCCAAGAUCCCACAAAAAAUUUCCUCUUGAAUAUUAAUUUUUUUUAUUACAAACAGAAGUAGAAAAGAAUUGCAGAUCAUAGUAUAGAUUCUUGAAAAGAAAAAAAAAAAAAAGAAAAGAAAAUGGGAUCUGCGGGGAAUCAAAAUCCAUGGGCGCCAUACAACAACUACAAGGACUGCACACAAGGUGUUUGUUCAAUUUACUGCCCACAGUUCUGCUACUUCAUCUUCCCUCCGCCGCCGCCGGACACCGACUCCGCCGCCCCAUUCUCCCCUCUGAUCAUCGCCAUUAUCGGAGUGCUAGCCAGCGUCUUCCUCCUCGUGAGCUACUACGCGAUCGUCACGCGCUACUGCAAGGGGCGAAGAAACCGGACGGCGACGACAAGCCCGGAUCAAACCGAGCCGAACCGCGACCAGUUUCAUGUUGACUCAGCAUCUGGAUUGGACGAAGCCCUAAUCAAGAAGAUCGCAGUCUGCAAGUUUGUCAGAGGCGACGGCUUGAUCGAAGGGAGCGAGUGCGCCGUUUGCCUUAGCGAGUUCGAAGAAAACGAGCCGUUGAGGCUCUUGCCGAAGUGCAGCCAUGCUUUUCACUUGCCUUGCAUUGAUACUUGGCUGAGAUCCCACUCGAAUUGCCCGUUGUGUAGGGCCCACGUCGUAGUUUUAGCUAAUCAUUUGCCGAUUGCUCAACCCUCUUCUUCGCCGCCUCCUCUUUACGUCGAUUCCAAUCAAGAUCCAGCGCUUAACGAGUUGGUUUUGACGGUGGAUGAUCGAGAGAUUGUAAGCCCGAUUAGCGAUAACCGAAGCCCGUUUCAAGAUUGCGACGAAAAUGCAGAGGUUGUAAUAAAAGAAGUAACGAGUGAGAUAAUUGUUGGAAGUGAUUUUAGAAGAUCGAUUUCUUUGGGUACGUUUCCGUUUCAACGCAACCUUUUGAUAUCCGACGUUUUGAAAUUUGAUGAAAUCGAAGAUUUACGAGUGGAGAAAGAUCGAUCUUCGAAAGGAAUUGGUUGUUCGAAGGGAUUCGCGGUGGAGGAAAGGAAAUCGAGUGGCGGUAAUAUAAAGAGGUCUUUUUCGAGUGGCGCGUGCAUUUUUACGGUCCGUGAUAAAGGAAAGAGUUCCUUACUCCCCCAUUGAUUAAUUUACGCGGCUUCGGUGAAUUUAAAACUCUCUUAUAUUGUAAAAAAUUGUCAAUAUUUACCUACAUAAAGGGAAUUAAUGAAGUCCAUGUUCAUAAGUUAUUUGAGUAUAUAUAUUAUCGAUUUUACAUUAUUGAAGAAGGAAAUAAUCGAGCUGUUCAUUUGUUUCUUCUCUCGAUCGCUAUAUCCGCAAUUGUUUAGAUUUUUGCAACCGUAGCAGUUGUUAGCACCGUUGAUUUGCUACAAAAAGUUGUUUUGUAAAAAUCGUGUUUAUUUUA